GCGCAGGUACACUCAAACUGCAGCCUAACUGCUGUUUGAGUGUAUCUGCGCAUUUCUCAAGAAAACAAAAUUUUAGUCAGCUGAAACAUUGACGUGUUUCGGGGUUUUUCACAUCUGUUGUGUGAAAUCAUCAGUUUUACACCAUAUUGUCGCUGAUUUUAUUUGAAGUCAGAAUUAAAUGAUACGAUCGACCGGCGGCUUUCUCCGUUUCACUAAACCGUCCACUACAGGCUUUCUCAAUAUAUAGAAACAUGCGAACAGUUUAUCAGUUAAUUACGAGUUAGUUCGCUUGUAGAAGUGGUAAUUAUUGUGCUACGAUUGUGGUUGUGUCCACCAAACUGCAUCUGUUGCUUUUUGCACCAGCGCCUUUAUUAUGUUAGCUAGAAAAAUGGGUACUUUGAUCGUUUUAUUGUGUACUUUCGGACUGACAUCCCUUGAAAUUACAUCGGUACACGGCGAAAUGGAAACCGACUGCAAUACUCGUUCAGCGAUCUCUCUCAAAGAUGCAGUUUCUCCACAACCAACGUUUCCCUUCCGCACCGAUAAGUUAACAUGGGAAGAAUGUAUGGCAUAUUCUACCGCAACCGAUGAUUCCCACUGCAAUCCGGCCGGUCUCCAGGAAUUCUGCAAUCGAACGGUACCGGAUGAUUUUGCCGUGUAUCCCAUGUCACGCACCUUUCUUGGAGUGGACUGCGCAUCGAGCACCCGAGCGCUGCUGGCCAUUGUGAUGAAAAAAGUGACCAUGGUGAGUCCGAAGCGCGCCGUAACCGUCCGCCUGAACGAGCGCAACGAUACCUUGCUCGAUCCCGUUCAUCCAGACGUCGUCGAGCCGGUGCGGCAGCAGCUGAUAGAAGUAAACAUUUGGUUACUGUGCCACUAAAACGAUAACGUCCAAGGUGUCUGCACUGGGCCAGCUGCCGUAUGUCGUUCGACUCAGCAUAGCAUUGUGCCAGAAUAUGAUUGUGAAGAAAAACGAUUUCAAGAAUGUCCCGCAGCUGCGCGUGUUUUAUUUGUUCCAAUCAACAAUCGACGCCAUGGAACCAUACACCUUCACCGAUCUCGUAAAUCUGCGAAACCUCGGAUUAGAAGCCGGCUUGGCCUUGCGAAUGCAAAGGCGAGAUAAAAACGAGGGUCCUCCGUUAUUUCAUAUGACCGACGAAGAGAGCCAGAACAUUCGCCGAUUGCAUUGUGACUGCUCGUUUACUUGGUUUCGAAAUUUUCUCCAGGAGAAGCCGUAUCUGCUUGCCAGCAGAACUCGCGGUGAGAUAUUCAUUAUCGGAAAUUACAUGUCGGAUUAUGUUUUUGCUCGUAACGACGAUGGAACCCAGUCUAUGUUCUAUGUUGACUGUGCAAAGAAUUUGUCCAUCAAUAAUCUGAAUGUCGGCCCACUGUUUUCGUAUAACACACAGUGCUAUAAGAUAAAAUGUUAGUUUUUGUCAUCCUGCUAUGUAGAAUAGUGUUUGAAUACCUUUCUAGAGUACAGUGGAACCUCCUACUUUGAACACCCCAGAACGCUGAACACCUCUGAAUCUUGAACAACUUUUUUCGUACCGGCGCUUCUCGUAAUGUAUAGCGUUAGGGGGGACCUCUGAACCCUGAACACCUCUGAACUCUGAACCGUGAACAUUCAGCUAUGUACCGCAGUAUGUUCUCUCAGUAAAUUAUACCUCCAGACAUGAACAGAGCAGAUCAGCAAAGCAUCCGAAAAGAUCAAGUGUUCAAGGUGUUCACUCAGAUCAUUCGUAAAAAUUCGUUUGCCGUUCAGUAUUUUUAUUUCUUGAACAAAUGUUUAGUUUUUAAAUGAACAAGAAAAAGAAAGGCAAGAAAUACAUCCCGGGCAAGUUCACCGCUGCUCAUUCUGAUGAAAAAAAAUCUAUUCUCGAUAAUUUUCGGCCGACGAAUAUUGAAAUUUAAUGUUUUUGAAUUGUAAUUGCCGUGUUAACCUGUUAUCUUGCCCAAAACGACAUAAAUCAUAAAUUAAGCAUAAAUUACCUGGCUACAUAUAAAUUAUACGAGGUCAGGGGCCCCCAAAGAAAGUCUCCGCCCCUGGGGGAAGUACCUCUGAACCCUGAACAAGAAACUGCGAACCGAGGGUGUUCAGGGUCGGGAGGUUCCACUGUAUAUUAUGUGAAAGGAUACAACGCUU